ACGUACUUUAGUACACUCGGAACCUUGACAGUGAGCACAAGUCGCAUUGUGGGAAUAUCUCAGGGAUAUAAAAGUUAUAAAAUGACUACAAAAAUUGUAAAUGCUCUGCAAGUUGUGGGAUUGCUAUCACUUAGCUGUUUGGUUAAUUGGACUUUUUCGGACUGCAAUGUUUGCCAGCCAAAUCAGGCAGCUUGUAUUAAUUCCACAUCCUAUUAUAUGUGCUUUGGAGAUGAUACACCCUACACGGAUCACAUAUAUAAUUGCCUCGCCGGCUUCCAAUGCAGCGACUACCCCUCCAUUUGCAUACAAAAGAAUGCCCAGCGUCCCCCCAGCUGUGGAGAUACCAGCAAAUGUGGGCAUUGCAGUGCCCACAGAAACUACAAGUUUGCUUGCCACAGCAGAGGCAUCUUCCAAUUGUGCUAUGGCGCCUCACAGCCCACGGGAUCCUAUGGCAAGUGUCCAGCGGGAACUGUUUGCGAUGCCUCCAGCGAUGUGGUCUGUGUGCAGGAGAAGCCAGGUCAAGCAGUCACCUGUGAUGUGAAUGAUGACCUGGUGGGCACUACAACGGAAGACCCAACAGGCAGCCCAACUUCCAGUCCCACCACUAGUCCUGUGACCGAUCCAGCUUCACAGACAGCACAGGAAAUAUGUAAACUAAGGGCAAAGUCAGGUCUCUAUGAAACUGUGCCUCGUGAUCCCUACUGCAAACGUUACAUCGAUUGCUACUACAACAAAGACAAGGUCAUAGCUGUGGAAUAUGGAUGCUCUGAAACAUCUUACUUCGAGGCAGACACACAACGUUGCACAUACAUAAAGCCAAGCAAUUGUAUUUGAAUUAAUUUUUAAUAUAUUUAUUUUUAAAUAUAUUAUUUAGACUAUAAAACA